UGAAAAUUUCACCCAAAUCAAAUAAUCCAUUCAUUAUUCCCAAUUAAGAAGAAGACAAAGAAGAUCUGAUCUGAUCUGCAAAAGAGAGACCAUACGAGGAAAUCUAUGUCAUCAACAUGAAAGCGUGGGAGGCAACGGUGAGGAAAACGCAGGCCGUGGCCAGGAGACGAGCCCACACCAUCUUCGGCACCUAUGGCGCCACCACUGUGGAGGAAUUGAACGACGAGGAUCAAGACGUUGAUAACGUUAACGAAGUGGUUAUGCAUACAUCAAACGGAGAAGUGUAUCACGCCGAUAAGUUUCUGACGAACGGCGAUUACUACACCGGGCAGUGGGCGGACGAGGCUCCCCACGGGACCGGCAAGUACUGGUGGACGGACGGGUGCAUGUACGUGGGAGAAUGGUUUCGCGGCAAGCCGAUGGGGAGGGGCACCUUCAGCUGGCCGUCGGGCGCCGUGUACGACGGCAAUUUCAAGAGCGGGUAUUUGGACGGCGAGGGGACCUACACGGGGCCCAACGGCGACACCUUCAGGGGGUCAUGGGUGAUGAACAUGAGGCAUGGACUCGGGGUGAAGGAAUACACCAACGGCGACAGCUACAACGGGGAAUGGAGCCGGGGAUUGCAGGAAGGACAGGGAAGAUACACCUGGAAAAACGGGAAUUACUACGUCGGAGAAUGGAAGAACGGCAAGAUUUCCGGCAGAGGGAACAUGUACUGGGCCAAUGGGAACAUGUACGAAGGCUUUUGGGAAGACGGAUGGCCCAGAGGGAACGGGACUUACAGAUGGGCAGAUGGGAGUUACUACGUCGGAACCUGGAAUAAAGAAACCGGCGAACACACCGGAACUCACCACCCAGCCGCCAAUACUACGCCAGAAGGAGAAGAAGAAAGCACCGAAAACAACCAUCCAGAAUGGAAUCCCGCCGACGUUUACACUGUGGAAUUGAAGGAAUGCAAAGUUUGCCCCAUUGACAAAAUCUCAGUUUUCCCAUCCCAAAAGCUGGCGGAUUGGAAAACCGCAAAGACGGAUAGCACGACGAGGCAGAGGAGAAUGUCGGCGGAUGGACGACUGGACGCGGCUGUGGAUAAGGAGUUCGCCGGAAUGCGGUUGUCGGAUUGUUCCGGAACGCCGACCAGUAUAUUCUGCACCCCGGACGACACAUUCGUGGGGUUGCAGUCGCAGGAAGAGGUCACCGCCGGUGGGUUUAUAAAGGGGAGCCCUCUCAGGAUUCCCAAGAUUGUAAAGAAGCAGGGAGAGACCAUCUCUAAAGGCCACAAGAGUUAUGAACUAAUGCUCAAUUUGCAGCUAGGGAUCAAGUAUUCUGUUGGGAAGCUUGGUGCUGCAACAUCAUUAGAUCUGAAGGCAGCAGCGUUCGAUCCAAAGGAGAAGUUUUGGACUAAGAUUUCACCUGAUGGAACAAAAAGUGUAUUGCCAUUUCAGUCCUGUGAGUUUAGAUGGAAGGAUUACUGUCCUAAAGUUUUCAGGGCAUUAAGGUUGUUGUUUAAGGUGGAACCAGAAGACUACAUCAGCUCCAUAUGUGGGAAUGAUGCUCUGAGGGAGCUGUCCUCUCCUGGGAAAAGUGGAAGCUUUUUUUACCUCACAAACGAUGAUCGUUACAUGAUCAAAACAAUGAAGAAGGCUGAAGUGAAAGUGCUAAUAAGGAUGCUAAAUGCGUAUUAUAAUCAUGUUCUUGACUUUGAUAACACCCUUAUCACCAAAUACUUUGGAUUGCAUUGUCUAAAGCUAAACGGACCGGCAGCCAAGAAGGUGCGGUUUGUGAUAAUGGGGAAUCUAUUCCACACGGACUACACGAUUCACAGGCGAUUCGACCUGAAAGGAUCAACAUUCGGGCGGUUGACAGACAAGCCAGAAUCUGAGAUUGAUUCAACCACAACUCUCAAAGACCUUGAUCUCAACUUCAUUUUCAGGUUACAGAAGCUAUGGUUUCAAGAAUUCCAAAAGCAAGUAGACAAGGACUGUGACUUACUUGAGCAAGAGAGAAUCAUGGACUACAGCCUUCUGGUUGGUGUUCAUUUCAAAGAAGCAUCAACCAAUGAAGAAAAUGAACCACUUUCUGGUUCCCAUUCCCCAACAGAUGGUGGCGCCUCCGAUUCCGAAUCUCGAGCAGAUUUGGAAAAGUCUUUUCAAGGGAGAGGGAUGAUAAAACUGGGGAUAAACCUGCCUGCAAGAGUGGAGAGGACAGAGAGGAAAAACGAAGCUGGAGAAAUGCAGCUAAUAGGAGAGCCAACAGGAGAAUGCUACGACGUAAUCCUCUUCUUUAGUAUCAUAGACAUCCUUCAAGACUAUGAUAUCACCAAGAAGCUUGAGCAUGCUUACAAGUCCAUCCAAUAUGAUCCAAACUCCAUCUCAGCCGUCGAUCCCAAGGCUUACUCCAAGCGCUUUCGUGAUUAUAUCUUCAAAGCCUUUGCAGAGGACACUUGAUUAGAACCAACCCAACAAACAAUAUACUGUACGUUCAAUUCCUUGAAGCCUGCAAUUGGAGGCCGGAAUUGAAUGAAGCAAAUUAGACGUCACCAUAUUCUUUUUCUUUUUUUUUUUGUUUGUUGUUGUUUUUGUAAGUCUGCAUACUUAGUAGUCCAUAUUGAAUCAGAGGCUUGAUUAUUAAUCGAGCACCAUUUUUGAUUAUA